AUGUGCUUAUUCUGGGCAAAGGCUCAGAUGCACGAAAAGAUUGACAGCAUGAAGCACAACCUCAGGUUGCACAUUGUCCCACUGGUCCUGGUGGGCAAGAGACCAUAUGGCUUGGCCAUACAAUUUGAAGGAGGCAUCCUAGGGCCCAUUUCCCUCUUCAACACCAUGGAUGAUAUCCACCAGUUCUAUGUGAGAGUGUUAAAAGAGCCAGAAGGCUGUCUGACCCCAAGGGAGGAGGGGCAAGCAUCCACUGUGGGGAUACCCCCACCUACAUCUGGCCCCUCUGGAGGUACUCCAGCACUGCAGAAGUGGAUAGCAGAUGCUCCUUCAGGCUCAACUCCAGUGCCCAAUGUAGGAUCAACUCCUACCCCCACUCUCAUUGACCAUGUAGCAGUUCAACCACAUGAGACUCAACAGGUCUCUGAACUAAGGCCCUGGCUGAGCUCCCAAGCUCAGUCCUCCACAAGGACACAGCCCACUCACAAGGCAAAAGGGGCCAAGCCCUCUGCUGGGAAGUCUAGGGCUCUGUUGAAGCUUGGAGGGAGUUCAUUGACAAAGAACAGAGGCACCAUCACUGGGGCAAAGACAGGGUACUGGGGACAUCAAGCAGGCCAGAUGACUCCGACACAGAGACAAAUCCUCUGGCUCUGUGCAAUGUCCAAGGGUUUCUCCUCUACAAGUGCCUGGCACCAGUUCCCAGGAGCCAUAGGGCUUGAAAUGUCUGGAUGUAAGUCAGCCCAGUCAAAGGCACUUCACAUCCCUGGGAUGUAUGUCAAUGGUAUCAUUGCAAAUGGAGGGGAGAAUAACCCUCAGGUCAUGGCAAAAAUCAAGCCCCUGAAGAAGGCUCUUGCUGAACCUUGCCCCCCAAGCAAUGUCAGAUCGAGGGAGUGGUAUGAGUGCCAGGCUCAAGCCAUUGGUUGCACCAUCAACCAGGUCCCUCCAGGUCACAUGGCCUUAUGGGCUGAUGAUCAGCAGAUUGUCUCUGCAUUUGCCUCUGCAGCAUUUAUCUAUGACCCUCCCCACUGUCCUCAUGGGGGAGCAUCCACUGUCAGGGGAAAUCCCCCUGCUAAAGAUUCUGAGCCCAAGGAGGGCAAGAUGACUGAUGACCUGUUUGAGGAUGAGGAUAGGUCAUGA